AUGCUCGACGCGGACGUGGAAAAAGCGCUCGAGGAUGAGUUCCUGGGUGGGGGUGGAAUGGAGAUGGGCGAGGACUACUUUUCGGCACGAAGGCGGACGACAGGCUUGGAUGAAGUCAAACGAUUCCUUCAGUCUGGUGACCCUGCCGCCCCGAUUGACCUCAGCUCGGGUGCCAAGCGGGCCAUCUCGAAGAAUCGCGCAUCGCUCUCCGCAGGAGCCUACUCAUCGCCCGUAGCACGGCAAAUCUCCCCCUCGUCUUCAUCGUCAUCUUCAUCUUCAUCUUCCGCAGUCGGAACCGACGAUCUGCCCUUCCAUGAGCGCAUGGCCGAGGCCAGGCGGCAGUACCAGAAGCUCACUCGGGAGAGAAAUGCACCCAAGCAGCAGUCGUGGGCCAACAACAGUCAUCAUGGCGGUGUUCAAAGCAAGCGCCCUGCCCGCACCAACCUGGCGCGUAGCUACACCUUCCAGGCCGUCGGUCGCCCCACGGCCACGGCCGGUGGUGCGCCGGCAGCCAAGAUGGAGGAGCCCACCACCGAUGAUGUGGCGUGCGAGCUGGAGGUGAAGGAGGCGGGCAUGGUCGUGAAAGAGGAGCAGGCACCAUUGGCGAUGAAUGGGAAAAGGCGGAAGAUGGUGCCAAGCGAUGAUGGUGACGAAGGGAAGAGCGGGGAGGAAAAGGUGAGCUCCUCGGCCAUCGAUCAAGGAGAGACAGCACACGGCGGCGAUGAAGCCACCGGGAUGGACGAAGCCGAGAAAGAGGAAGAGGAAGUCGCGGAUGGUACGCAAGGCACGCGACAAAACGGGGGUGAAGACGCGACCGAGAGCAAAGAGCGUGUGCGUAAGAUCGUCAAGGGCGCGCGACACGGCAAGACGCAGACGCCUCGCGAGAAGUACUCGCUGCUGCGGAUCGAGGGCGGCGUCGAGGAGAGCGUGAUGGCGGGCUACAUGGAGGACAAGAAGAUCGUCCACCUGGCCGACAUCAUGCGCCACCGCCGAGCCGAUGGCUUCAAGAACAUCUCAGGCAACUGGGUCACGUUCGGCAUCUUGGUCGCCAAGUCUGCGGUCCGCGAGGCCAACAAGGGCAACUCCAAAUACAUGGCGUGGGACUUGGCGGACCUCCAGGGCAACAUGAUCUCGCUGUUCCUGUUCGGCGAGGCCGCGGUCCGCUUUGCCGGCGAGACGCAGGCCGACGUGUUCGCCCUCUUGAAUCCCGAGAUCAUCGACGCUCGCGGGGGAAUGAGCCUCGCGCUGACCGUCACUGAGGCCACGCAAGUGAUGAGGUUGGGCAAGGCGGUCGACUUUGGCAUCUGCUCGUCCGUGGAAGACGGCAAUCCCUGCACUGCCGUCGUCGACACCUCGGUGCGCAAGCGCUGUAUUUACCACAUGCAGAGCGAGUACGGCAAGGUUCGGUCGAGCCGAGGCGAACUCAACAGUGUGAUCUCUUCGCCCGCCUCUCGUACGACGCUCAAGGAUGCGAAGGCGCGAGCGCAGAACAAUAUGUCGCGGGCCAUAUUCUACAUCGACGGCCUCGAGCUGCAGCCACUGGCCUACACUGCGUCGAUGGCCCAGCGGCGACACGCCUUCAAGCAGGGCAAGGACGACAGCGGCUCCGAGCUCCUGGCCUCGCCCGAGAUCAGUGCCCUGCUAAAGAACUCGCGCGACACUGCCGGAGCGCGCAACCUCAAGCGAAUGCUUGGCAUCUCCGAGCAGGCAGACGCGGCCCGAUCGCCCAGGUCGGUCAAGCUCAUCAAGCAGCGAAUGAAGAACGGCGGCGGCGGCCACCUGGGCGUGCUCCACCCCAACCACCCGCUGCUCAUGAAGAGCGACGAGGAGUGGGAGCAGGAGAACAACAAUGACAACAAGAGGGAGACGAACGAAAACGACGAAGACGAGUUCGCGCAGCAGCUCGAGAGCAAGAAGAAGCAGCAGGCCAAGCGGAAGGCACCCGAACAGGAGGAGGCGCUCGACAUCGACAAUAACGCCGGAAGCGAAGAGGGUCCGGCCAAGAAGAGAAGACGGAAGGAGGAAGCCGCGGACGGUGAUGGUGGUGGUGACGGUGAUGACGGUGCCCACCACUCCACGAUGGACCUCGCAGCGGGCGCACCGCCUCGACUCGCCCGAGGAUACCAGCCCGGUGACAGCAUCUCGCUGUGA